UUCAGAGAGGUCUCAGAAACUGCAUCAGGAACUGUACUGAGUAUCCCUGGAGAACCUCAGGGACCAGAACUCUCCCCACUCCUGAGUCUGCAUGUCAUCUACAGAUACUGUGAUGAUACACCUGUAGAGGCAGGUGUGAAGGAGGAGGAGGUCCUCUCUGAUUGUAUUGUAAUAGAUUACUGUUAGAUGAAGAUCCUUUCCUGGAUUAAAGAAGAACCCAAGAUGAUGUCAACAUUGAUGACAUCACCGUGGAGGUUGGUCCACUUUAAAACCUUGGAGUUCACCUGGACAAACAGACUCUGCUGCUGGUUGAAGACAGCGAGAGACAGAAGGGGGCGGAGCUUGAGUGUGGUGUGAGUCCGCUGACAGAAAGCAGAGAUCAGAUCAGAGAGGAAGGAUGAAGGAAACAUGUCUGCUCUGUCUGAUGUUCCUGUUUUGCAGCAAAUCAAACCAAACUGGUGUGACUGUGAGUCCCAGCAGAUCUCAGUUCUUUGAAGGAGAAUCAGUGAUUCUGAACUGUGAGGACGACAGCUCUGCAGGAUGGACUCUGAGGAGGAACAUCUCAGGAGAAACCAGGACUCAGUGUGGAUCUGAGUGGGGAUCAGGAGAUGGUUUGUCCUGUAAGAUCAGCUAUCUAUUUAAAGAAGACAGUGGAGUGUACUGGUGUGAGUCCAGAGGGGGAGGAGCCAGCAGCAUGGUGGUUAACAUCAGUGUCUCUGGUGGAUCAGUGAUCCUGCAGAGUCCUGUCCUCCCUGUGAUGGAGGGUCAUGACCUCACUCUGAGCUGUCAAUCAAAGACCCCUCCCUCCAACCCCUCAGCUGCUUUCUAUAAAGAUGGCUCCCUCAUCAGGACUGAGCCUACAGGUCACAUGACCCUCCAGCAUGUUUCCAGGUCUGAUGAAGGUCUCUACAAGUGUCACAUCAGGGAUCAUGGAGAGUCUCCAUCCAGCUGGAUCUCUGUCUCAGAGAAACCAUCAACCACCUCUGCUCCUGGUUUUCCUGUUUCUCCUUGUCCUCCUUGUCCUCCUCUCCUCCAUAUCUGGUUACCUGUUCUUGGUUCUGUGGUUCUCCUGGUUUCUCUGAUUGCAAUAUUGUGGAGAUGUCUUCAGUGGAACUCUAAAGAUCCAGACUCCGUCUACUCUGUGGUGAAGUACAGCCGAACUCCAAACGGCUGCUGGACUGCAGCUGAUCCUCCAGAUUCCAGAUGAUCCUCCAGAUCUUCAAUCCCUUAACCUCUUGUGUGUUCCUGUCACG